ACUCUAGACGGUGUGUUCUAGUGGUUGCCUAAGGAGAGAGUGAAAAUCAAAACAGGCAGAUCCAUUCCCUGUUCCCAGUUCCUUAAACUGGAGGUUGCAGCCAUUCCAUCCUGGAGACAUAGUGGAGUCUUCUGGAUGAGCCAACUCUUCACAAAUUUGUCUUAUUGCAUUUUAAGAAAGUUUCUAUGUUUGGUGAUUGUUUACACUGUGCAUUUUGCAUAGAAUCAUUAUUUGAAAAAGAUAUGGUUAAAUCUGCUGCCUGAUAAUUUCACUGCAGUAUCCAUGACACAAGGAAUGAGUGAAUAAUCACUCUGGUAGUACUUUUCACUUUUAGUUUUGAAUUCCUUGUCUUUUUUAUUGCAGUCAAGAGGAGUCCAAAGCUUCUCUCUGCUUGUAUGACUGAAUAUUGCUAUUAAAUAUUAUUGCUAAUAAUAUUAUAGAAUUUGCUCUGGCAACAGAAUGUAAGAGCUCAAGAUCCUGCUGUUAAAGGUCCUGUCAAGAUCCUUGCAACUUAUUUUAAUGUUGAUCAUCCUGGAUGAUCCAUCAUGGUUUACUGACCUCUUUUCCUGCUAAUUUAUGUAGAUGUUGAACAACAUAGCUUUUCAAGGAGCUCUCCCCAUGGCCAUCCCCCAUUCUGAAAACUGCUCCUAUCUGACCUCUCUGCUUUUCUUGUGCCAGCUUAGUAUGGAAAGCAUUUGAUGGUCUAUUUGAAAGGUCUUUGAAAAUCUGUGUGCAGUAGAUGAACUGAGCUGCCUGUUUCCUCCUGUUCACUGGCUCUGUAACAGUGUCCAGUUUGUGACUGUCACUGCUGCAGAUGUAGCUCUUCCAAAGAGGUCAUCUCACUCUGAAGAAUCUAUUUCAUGUCCUGAAAUUACUUUUUUUUUUCCUGAACUUCACCUUAGAGUGUGCAGAGACCCAUGUGGAGCAGUCACUGAUAUCCUGAAGGGUAUCUCUGAGAAUGUGGGGAUGAUGAGUUGGUGCUGAGAGGCAGGGAAUGACAAGCAACUGGGAUGGAGGGAUCAGGAGCUACUCACCUCAGAAACUGUGUGUGUGUGUAUGAGGCAAAAAUAAAGAUAAGGAGCAUCUACCAAGAAUGGGUCAAGAAUGAAGAGUAUCAAACCAUCUGUUCACUGAGCUCAGGGUGUUUGUUUCUCAGCUGCCAAGGCCUUACACCACGUGUUGGGUUUUAGAGAGGCUUUGGAGACUCACAACAUCCCUGUUAGUAUGGGACAUUAAGUAUUGUGUUUGGGGUUCUUAAAUACAAGAGGGAAGGUCUGAGAUAGACAUUAGAGAAAGGCAUAGGAUGGCAAAGCACUGGCAUGAGUUUCUAACUCAUAUUUUAGUUUUCUAGUUACUGAAUCUCUACAGCUCUCCCUGGACAAACCAUAUCAGGAAGGACAUGGAUAUAGUUGAAUCUGAAUUAGAAGAACAGCUUUUGCCCAUCCCCUACUAUUGUGUGAUUUUAUUGAUGCAGUAGUUCUUAAGUUUGAAGCAAUUUGGCCAGUUUUUACCUUCCCCAUCUUCUUUUUUUAUGUGCUCUGGCCUCCCUGCCCCCAGAUUCUGGAGGAUGAUAUUUGGGCACUCUGCCCCUUGAGUGGAGGGCAGGGAGUGUUUGCUCAGUCCCUAUUGCUGUGUACCUGUGCCUUUAUUUUCACAACAUGUCUUCACUGACAUGUAUCUCGCAUUGCUCGUCUGAGAGGGUCAUUCCUCUCUCUCUGCUAUUUGCCUUUUCACUGUUUUUAAAAAAUUAUUAUUGUUUUAAACUUCUCUCAGCUCAAGGGCUUCCUGCCUUUUACUCUUGCAAUCAUUCCCCAGCUCCUCGAGAGAUGGGCACCUGGCUGGGUGGUGCUUAGUUGCCCCCUGGGGUUAAACCACAGCAGUCCUUUCUUGGCCCCCACCAUGGGGCUGGAAGGGUUGGGGCAGUAAUGGACAGAGCAAGUCAGGGGGAUUUGUGUCUGUUAGCAGCUGCAGGUCACAGUGCUGCUUCCCAAGAUCAGUCCACCUGACCCACAGCACACUCUUUUUGUGCUGUACCUGUUAGAGGCUGGUGUUGGUUCCUGCUGUUUGCUGGCCCUGCAGAGAUUAGUAGUGUUUGACCAAGGGAUCUGUUAUUCAAACGCUGACCUUGAGCCUCAGCUGGCACUUGGGGUCUGCACUGAGGACAUCACUGUCCUUCAGCUUCCAUCUCAUGGAGACAACUAACAAUUUUUCACCUCCCUCCAAGAGGCGUUUUUGGAGAAAACAGAAUGGCCAAGGCAUCACAACCCUCACAGGCAAGACUUUCUUCCUAAUAUCCCCUCCAACACUGCCCUCUGUCAAUGUGAAGCCAUUCCCCCUUGUCCUGUCACUCUAGGCCCUUGUCAGAGGUCCUCUCCAGUGUUCCCAGGUCAGAGCCAGUCCCUUUGUUCCCUGUAUCAUGGAAUGCUGUGUAGCAGCAGCCAUUUGGUUGUUUCUGUUCUCUCAAUGGCCACUUGAUCCCUUCUCUGCAGGUACAUUGGAAAAGUCCUUGUUUGUGUUUCUCCCAAUCUCCCCACUUCUCUGCUUCCCACUGUGUUCCCUUUGCUGAACUGAUGGCUGGCUGCUGCUUUCUUCUCACUUCCCUUGCUCCCCAUUCCUUCACAGAGCUUUGCUCCUGCCUGCACAGCUCUUCCUGAUGCCCAGCUGCCUGCACAGUCUCUGUUGGGCUCAGAGGAGGGCAGGGAAGUUGGGAUGUGCAGCAGGAAGAUCAGGAGUUGUGUGGCUGGUCCAUCCUGUGGAAAACCCUCCUGUAGGCCAAAGGAAAGGAGCCCACGUGGCUCUGGCUGUAGCUACAGGAAAGCCCCAGGUGCAGGAGAAGAAGUUGCCCUGUACUGUGCCAAGUACCUCCCUGAGAUCAUCAAAGACCAGAAGGCCUACAAGGAAGGCAAAUUGCAAAAGGCCCUGGAAGAUGCAUUCUUGGCCAUUGAUGCCAAGCUCACCACAGAGGAGGUGAUUAAGGAGCUCUCUCAAAUGGCUGGGCGGCCACAGGACGAUGAAGAUGAGAAGGAGAAAGUUGCUGAUGAAGAUGAUGUGGAUAAUGAGGAAGCUGCUCUUCUGCACGAAGAAGCCACAAUGACCAUCGAGGAGCUUCUCACACGUUAUGGACAAAACUGCACCAAGAACCUCAAAGCCAAGUCUGUAGCUGCAGCUGGGGAUAACGCUGUGGAGGGGACAGGCAAGCAGCAUGAUGGGGAGUCAAAUAUGAAUGGAGAGGCUGACCCAGGGGAGCUUCCCGACCACAAGGAGAGGAAGAACGGGAAGCCAGACGAAGAAAUCACGGGUAUUUCCUCCACCUCAGACAAAGCCAGCGCUGGAGGCAACAGCCCUGCUCUGCAGAAGCCUGAACUAGGCAAAGGUGACGAGGCCGUCACCUCUUCUACUGGGGAGGCCGGGCCCUCCUGCUCCUCUACGGGAAAGCCCCAGCGCACAACCAAAUCCAAAUUUUUUGAGGACAGUGAGGAUGAGUCAGAUGAGGUUGAGGAAGAGGAGGAAGACAGUGAGGAAUGUAGCGAGGACGAGGACGGUUACAGCAGUGAAGAGGCAGAGAAUGAAGAUGAUGAAGAUGACACUGAAGAAGCAGAGGAGGAUGAGGAUGAAGAGGAGGAAAUGUUGUUACCGGGCAUGGAGGGGAAAGAGGAGCCUGGCUCAGACAGCGGGACCACGGCUGUGGUGGCGCUCAUCCGGGGCAAGCAGCUGAUCGUGGCCAACGCCGGGGACUCGCGCUGCGUCGUGUCGGAGGGCGGCAAGGCCGUCGACAUGUCCUACGACCACAAGCCAGAGGAUGAGGUGGAGCUGGCCAGGAUAAAGAAUGCUGGUGGCAAGGUCACCAUGGACGGAAGGGUGAACGGCGGCCUCAACCUCUCCAGGGCCAUCGGGGAUCACUUCUACAAGCGGAACAAGAACCUCCCUCCAGAAGAGCAGAUGAUCUCUGCCUUGCCUGACAUCAAAGUGCUGACAAUAAACGAUGACCACGACUUCAUGGUCAUUGCCUGUGAUGGAAUCUGGAAUGUGAUGAGCAGCCAGGAAGUGGUGGAUUUCAUCCAGUCGAAGAUCACCCAGAAGGAUGAGAAUGGAGUGCUGCGGCCACUCUCCUCCAUCGUAGAAGAGCUGUUGGAUCAGUGCUUGGCUCCAGACACCUCAGGGGACGGCACCGGCUGCGAUAACAUGACCUGCAUCAUUAUCAGCUUCAAACCCCGUAACACACACUCACCUGCUGAGAGUGGGAAGCGGAAAAUGGGGGAGGCAGCGGCACCAGCAGAGGAGAACGGUGGGGACAGCACCAAGAAGGCCAAACUGGAGUAGCAGGGCCCACCUGGGGACUGGGCUGUGCUCACCAGACUCUCGUUUCUUACCCAUGCUGAACUCAAGACUGCAGGUCUUGUCCUUUUUUUAGCCUUAGCAGAGGCCUUGUUUGUCCGUGUCCUGGUCGGGGGGUGGGGCGGGUCUGGUUAGCAAGGGCAUGUCGCACUGUUCAUCCGUAACCAUUCCAAAGAGGGAGCCGGGAUGAGCCGCGCCCGGGAGCGCUGCACCGCAGUCUGCUGAGGAGGAGGAGGAGGAUGUCCCCCCAUUGUCUCCAUGUGGUUGUUGCCAUUUCUGUGCCUGUGAAUUUCUGUUUGGAGGGAAGAACUUUUUCACUGUUGAGGUUUUUUUAAUCUGCACCCGAUUAUUUAAGGCCCUUUCUGGUUUUUUUUGUGAAACAAUCUGGCGGUGGUGCUGCAGCCACGCCGUGUUCAGUUGUACACUUUCAAUCAAUACUUUUUUCAAACUAAAAGACCAGAAAAUA